UUUGACAUGCUUCUGCAGACGACAUUCCUCUUUCCUCCCUCCCAACAUUGGUGUUUGGACUGCCAAAAUCCAUCUGUGAUCUCUCUGGGGGUAUUCCGCACGCGAUAAUUCUGCGAUAGAGCACCUCGAUGUCAAGACGUACGCGAUAAGCACCAUUGAACCCUCAAAACAACCAUGAGCGAUACCAUCGAAAGCGCAGCGCGCGGAGAAGAGGAAGUUGUUCACAGAGAGUUUUGGGGGGCGAAGGACUCGUUGAGGAGGAAUGCCGGGCUGCACAAGAGGGCCUCGGAUGAAGUCACUCCAUUGCUGGCCGAUGGACAAGGGAAUGAUGGAGACAAUAGCCGGAGAGGAAGGGAAUGGGAAGGCCACGCAGACUAUGAAGGUUUGACAUGGUGGCACAAGCCCUCUAUGUACUGGCUUCUACCUCCCUUCUUCCUCUUCGCCAUUGCGGGAGGUGGGAUUAUGGUCCCGAAGCUGAACCUCAUCCUAUCAUUAGUAUGUCGCGGAUACUUCAUCGACCGAUCUUCGAUGGACCCGAAUUUCGUACUGGCUCCUAUAAUGCUUGGAGGCGAUAAUCCUCAAUGUCGCAUACCAGAAGUCCAAGCAUUGGCAACCAAGUUCACGUUAUAUAUCACGAUGAUAAGUGGGACAUUGAGCGCUAUAAUGUCGCCGAAGCUAGGAGCAUUGUCCGACCGCUAUGGUAGAUUGAGGAUUCUUGUUAUCACUAGUGGAGGAGCGUUUCUUGGGGAGAUCAUCACGAUCGCAGCCGCUACAUAUCCAGACUCGAUGUCCUAUAACUGGCUGUUGCUAGGCGCAUUCUGCGAUGGACUCUGCGGCUCUUUCAAUGCCGGCAUGGCAAUCACUCAUGCCUACGCAGCAGACUGUACGCCUCCACCAAAGCGAGCUGUAGCUUUUGGAUACUUCCACGCAUGCCUGUUUUCUGGUAUCGCCAUUGGACCGCUCAUCGCAGCCUUCUUGGUGAAAGAGACAGGGUCCUUGAUUAGCACAUUCUACUUCGCCUUGGCCGUACAUACCUUCUUCAUCUUGUUUGUCUUGACGAUGGUUCCCGAAUCUUUGACAAAGAAGAGGCAACAUCAAGCUCAAGAAAGGCACAAUGCCGAACUCUACGCCCUUGGCCUUGUAGAGAGGGACUGGGUUGUUUUCUUCAAGAGAGCAAAUAUUCUUGCACCAUUGAAGAUCCUCUACCCAACAGGUCCGGGUACUACUGCGAAACUCCGCUCCAAUCUUAUCCUUCUCUCAAUGGUUGACACCAUCAUCUUUGGCGUCGCUAUGGGUGCCAUGACCGUAGUUGUCUACUACUUGGGCUUUCAAUUUGGAUGGGACACAGCACAGAUCAGUAUAUUUACCUCAGUAGUAAACGUCGUCCGAGUCACAGCACUCAUCGUCGUGCUUCCCACCCUGAACUACCUUGUCCGCACGCGUCGUGCAAACAAACAACGCCGAGAAUCUGGAUUUGCUGUCCCAGAGCCAAAUUCUGGUACAGACACUCUCGACCUGUCAAUCAUCCGAGCGGCAGUAUGCUUCGAGAUCGUCGGAUACGGUACUUAUGCGGCCGUCCGCACGGGACCGUUAUUCGUUGUUGCUGGUGUAAUGGCCGCGAUGGGUGGCAUCGGAAGUCCGACAUUACAAUCUGCUCUCACCAAGCACGUUCCUCAUGACCGGAUCGGACAGCUGCUUGGCGCUACGGGAUUGUUGCAUGCCUUGGCUCGGAUUGUGUGCCCGUUGAUCUUUAAUUUGAUCUAUGCUAAUACCGUGGGGACAUUCCCUCAAGCUGUGUUCGUUGUGCUCAGUUGCUGCUUCGUGGUGGGAUUCAUUGCUUCUUGGGGCAUCAGGCCAAAUGUCUACCUCGAAGAUCCCAUCACCUUCAGCGGCAACACCAGAACAGAUGCCGAUCCAGACGUCCUCGUCGAUGAAGAAGUCACCGGCCUCUAAUUCAUACUCCCCUCACAACCCACAUUCACUUCUAGAUAUCAUAUUUCCUAUAUCUAUACACAUACUCUGUCUCUCAACACGGCGUUUCGGCUCUGAUCUCGAUGACAUGACCAGACAUGGCAACAUGGGAGUACACGGCCUCCGGUAGAUUUAGAUUGGCUUGGCUUGCUUUUGUUUUUGUGUGUGUAUGAAUGCUGUUCUUUUAGGAUGAAGCUGUUUUUCUUAGGAGA